ACCGCGGACGAGAACUACCUCGACCUCGCCUACCUGCUCGCGCGCAACAGCGAGGCCAAGGACGGCCACAUGGGCUGCUGCGUCGUGCGGGACGGCGCGGUCGUGGCGACGACGAUCAACUGCGGCCUCUUCGGCGACGCGCGGUCCGACGUCCACGCCGAGGCCGCGGCGGUCUCCGACUGCGCGCGGCGCGGCGUGCCGCUCGGCGGCGCGUCCAUCUACGUGACGCGCGCGCCCUGCCCGCGCUGCUACAAGCUCGUGGCCGUCGCCGGCGUCUGCCGCGUCGUG